CGCGCAUGCGCGCUGAGCAAUCCCUCUUUGGACCUACGUCUCCACUGAAACCAUGGCCAAGCGUACCAAGAAGGUGGGGAUCGUUGGUAAAUAUGGCACGCGUUAUGGCGCGUCGCUGAGGAAGAUGGUGAAGAAGAUUGAAAUCUCCCAGCACGCUAAAUACACCUGCUCUUUCUGUGGCAAGACCAAGAUGAAGAGGAGGGCCGUUGGUAUCUGGCACUGUGGGUCCUGCAGGAAGACGGUGGCUGGAGGCGCCUGGACUUACAACACAACCUCCGCUGUCACAGUCAAGUCUGCGAUCAGGAGGCUGAAGGAGUUGAAGGACCAGUAAACCAGUGACUCACUGGUGAAUUUGGGACUUUUUCUAUAAUUUAACCGACCUGGACUUGGCCUCAACAUCGACAAAUAAAUCUGUCUGGAGUGGAA